AUGGCAGAGAGCUCGUCUUGGAGUUUUGAUGAAGCUGAUUUGUCUGCGUGUUUCGAUGACACGAUGAACGGCAUCGGCGUAGGCGUCCGAUCAAUGUUUAAUAUGCGUGACGCUCUGUCAGCUUUACCACUCUGUAAUGAUGAAAGUAAGCUUUCUGAUGAUUCAAACCAUGAAGGUUUAUCAAAUUUCUCUAUGUUGUCUAGUAAUUCGGCGCAGACUGUUGAUAAUACUUUUAUUUCAAUGGCUGAUACAAACUCUCAUUUGUUUGAUAACAUUUUGAAAGCUCCAACAUCAUCGGCUACACGAUUAGGUGAAGCGUCUUUAACUUACUUAAAUCAAGGACAAACGUAUGAGCUUAAAUUGAACUCGAAAACACCAGAGGUAAAAUUUAUCAAGACAUGGAUUCGAGUUACUUUCUACGAUAAACGGAUGGAAUUAAAUGAACACGAGCUUUGGGAUAACUGGCAUCAAACACACCCUGGUGAAAACCUCCUAGACGUAGAUUAUAAAAGAUCGAAUGAUUAUGAAGAAUUAGAUAAUGAAAAUACUCCAUCAGAUGAUAUAUUAUGUAUAUGGAAAUAUCCGAAAUGUACUAUUGGUUUGCGAUUUAACUGUGUCAGUACUGAAUUCACUGCUAAGAAACAUGGUGGUGAAAAAGGAAUUCCUUUUCGAUUUCGGGUAGAACAUUUUGAAUAUGAUACUAAUCAACAUUUAGGAUCAUUCGCUUGUCAAAUUAAAGUAUUCAAAAUGAAGGGAGCUGAUCGUAAGCAUAAAACAGAUCGAGAAAGAAUAGAGCGUAAAUCUGGUGAUGGUCAGGCUAUUUAUAAACCAUCAGUUCCUGUGACUAAAUUAUCAUAUUUACCUAGCAAGCAAGUUAAAUUAUUUCAUAAUCACCAUCAUAACCAUGGUCAUUAUCAAUCGAUAACAGACAAGCAGUCGGCGAUCGACGAUGCUUUCACAGAGCAAUCAAUAAAAGUGACAAAUACACAAAUUCUUACCACUUCCGCUACAAUAGCCACGUCUGUUUGCAAUAAUUCAUGCCAACAAUUUAAAGUAGACAUGAGUAGUUUGGAUUUACAGAAUUUGGCACGAGUGGAGAAAGCAGUGAUGAAGGAUAAUUUUACACUAGAGGAUUUAAAUGAUACAAGUAACAAUUUUGCAAUACCUAACCCAAUCGAAUCACCUAGUGCUUCCAAUCGGUCAUUUUCGGAAUUUGUUAUACCUACUUACCCAAUUCAUCGUUCGGCAUAUUCAGCGUUAAGAAAUGUAUCUCCGGGUAUAUCACCUUCUCCAUCUUCUAAUAGGCGUUUUAAUUAUACUAUACAGCCAUGUCUUCAACGACGUAGACGUCUUCGAGCAGGAGACUGUUGUGCAGGGACUUGUUCAUCAUGUGGACGCAGUUGUCGAAGUGCUUCCCGAUGGAUACGAAGUAAUAAAAAUAGAAUGAUGUGCACAAACUGGGACAAUUCAACAAAUCGUGCCAAACAAGCCUCAGUGAUUUCAGAGAGAAGGAGAGCUGCACAUAGUUAUGAAAACGGUUCCCAUUUGACUGAAUUCCCAAAGUCCAAAUCGAUUCAAAUGAAUAUUCCUUCGCACCAGUCAAAUUCCAUAAAUAAUAACCAUCAUUCAGGAGUAUAUGAAUUGAGUACAUCAGGCGAAUCGUCUAGUCUAGGAAAUAAUGAUAAAUUAAAUAAAUAUACUAUAUUAGAUAAAUAUGAUGAUCAGAAAUCCAAACCAUCAUCUAUCAUCCUACCUGAUUAUCCUCUUAAUUCAGUAGUAAUAGCACAAUCGGAUGAGGAUCCUUUAUUAAGCAUGUCCAGUGCAACUCCAGCAAGUCGUGAUAUGGGUUAUUGUAGUGAUCUGUUGGUAUCGUCACCUUCCAGACCCACUGUCGAAGACAGAGUCAUAGAACAAAUUGAAUAUUGUACAGAGAACAAUAGUCAUAAUAAUAAUGUUCACCAUAAUAAUGAUGACGAUUAUGCAGAUUUGUUGAAAUUUGAAGAUUUAUGUAUGGAUAAAUUAAACUCUGUAGUUCAUCAAGCUACAUCAUGUGAUUCAAUAGUUUCUUUGCCGAAUAAACCGGAAAUUGAAAUUCCUUCUUUAUCAUCAUCAUCAUUGUCGUCAACAUCAUCAUCAAUAUCCGUCUGUCCAUCGUCUAUAAAUACUUCUGUUGCUACUGUUAAACCCACUACUAUUACUACCUCAAAUAUACCAUCUGUAGUACAUUGUGAAAUGACAGCAUCACAGGUUGCAGAUUGGCUUUGUCAAUCAAAUUUUGAAAAUCUUCUUGAAACGUUUAAGAAUUUCACAGGUUGUGAUAUACUUCGUCUAGCUAAAGAAGAUUUAUUGUCUAUUUGUGGAUCAUUAGAAGGCUUACGAUUAUAUAACUCACUUUAUAACAAACCUACAGUGCCAAGAUGUACACUAUACGUGUGCUUGAAAGGAGAAACAAUCUAUCAUGCAAUUAUGCUCUAUGAAAUGAAGGUUCAUGAAUUACGUAGUCGAAUGGCUUUUAUAUUAUCUUGUCGUCAAGAAUGCAUCAAAAUUAUAUGCCUUGUCACAGAAAAUGAUAUUCCUGUCCUAUUAACUGAUGAGCUCAUUGUUCAAUUGAAAGAUAAAAGUACCCAUCAAAUUACAUUGAAUAAAAUUUGUUGCAAUAAAAUUAACUUAUUUUUAAAACCUACACAAUAA